UGGACAGUAUAGCUAACGAUCUUCCUGUUCGAACAGUAAUUGGAGUAUCGAUUCGGACCGCAACAGUCACAGGUUGCUCGUACCUUUACGUAUUGAGCAUCAAGAAUUUAAUCCGAAAGAAUAAUGCAGUCAACUUGGCUCCUCUACUUCUGUCUGCCGUUGGUUGCAGCGGUUAGCAAUUGCUCCUACACGCCAUGCGACGACUGUACCAUUCGAGCGACACCGAGUGAAUUGGCGAACAUAUCACUCCGCUUUUAUACAGGAACAACCUUGGAUAAUUACGUGGAAGAGUUGGUUGGUAAUGCGGUGAAUCUCUCAAACUAUCUCAAUAGUAGCAAACCGACAGUUCUGUAUAUUUCUGGCUGGACCGAGACUCCAGAGUCUAGCAGUGUUUUGUCUGUCCUUGGUGCAUACUCGAAGCGGAACGAUCACAAUGUCAUACUCGCAAACUACGAGGAUAUCGCAACAAGUUCGUAUCCCUUUGCUGCACUGAGCGUUCCUGGGGUCGGUUACACCCUGGCGCAAGCAUUCAACGAGCUGGUGGAAAAUGCCCUGGAUUCUUCGACGCUCCACGUGGUAAGCCAUUCGCUCGGAAGUCAGGUCAGCGGGUUUUUUGGAAAAUGCGCCAGUUUCUCUGUGCCGAGAAUCACAGGCUUGGAUCCCGCCGGUCCCGGAUUUAACUUGUUAAUCGAGAACCUGGGUUCUGGCGACGCUGAGUUCAUUGACAUAAUUCACACGGACGCCGGAGUAUACGGAACCAUGAUCAGCUCGGGGGAUGUCAACUUUUUCCCGAACGGUGGUACGCGCCUUCAGCCUGGAUGCAACCUUAGUGUGCCGUUCAGCGAUGAUGACUUCUGCAGUCAUCACAGAUCCUGGCAAUACUUCACCGAGUCGCUUGAAUCAGAAGAUGCCUUCGUUGGACGGGAAUGCAGCUCAUACUCGAACUUCACGUCGGGCUUGUGCGACUCGAAUACAACCAUAGUCAUGGGAUUCGCAACGCCAACAACAGCGAGCGGACAAUUCUAUCUUCAAACCAACGGCGCAUCUCCGUAUGGUCGAGAAAAUGCUGGUCUGACGUACGACUCUUCGAUUUAAGCCAAUGCAAUUUUAGCCACUGGAAGGUAAUUGACGAGGGACACUGUAAUAGCUCAAUCAUCACGAUAAUUAAAUACUGGCGAAUGAAACGUAUCGCUGUUAUUUGUGUGAAUAAAUCAACUGGGGAUUAUGA